AAAUUAUACUAUCCCGGCAGUAGCAGUCUAUAUCGAAGUUUUGGCACAGGAGUAUCUUCUUUGAAGAUCCAACAAAGUUUGUUAAUGCUUUCGAAGAUCUGUGGUUCGAAUAAAAAAUGUUUUUUUACAAUAUAUCGGACAAUGUACGCAAUCAAAAUUUACGAUCUCAGAUGAGAUCGAAGUACCCUGCUACAGUUGUGGAUGAAACUUCAUUUCUGUUGCCGAAAACUGUGGAGUCUGAUAGGAAUAACCAUGGAAGAUUUGUUUUUGUCAUACCCCAAAGAUAUAUCUUGGGUAUAAUGGGGUUCUUUGCUAUUCUAAAUGCAUAUACGAUGAGAGUUUCACUUUCUGUGGCAAUAACAGAGAUGGUGCAGAAACAUAAGACUGAUUUUUUUGACCCUAACGCUUGUGUUAUAGAGGGAAUACACAAUAGUACUUCAAUACACACAGUUAUAGAUUAUGUGUACCCUUGGACUGUAAAGCAGCAGGGACUCAUCUUGAGCUCAUUUUACUGGGGAUAUGUCAUAACGCAUAUACCAGGAGGAGUUAUAGCAGAAAAAUUCGGUGGCAAAUAUGUCUUAGGACUAGGUAUUCUUAGUACAUCAGUUUUCACCUUGUUGACACCUCUUGUCAUCUACUCCACUGAAGGUAAUUGGGUAUGGGUGGUAGCACUGAGAGUCCUAGAAGGAUUAGGAGAGGGAACAACAUUUCCAGCUUUGAACGCUAUCUUAUCUAAAUGGGUACCUCUUGGAGAAAGGGCAAAACUUGGCACUCUGGUUUAUGCAGGAAGUCAAAUUGGUACUGUAAUGGCAAAUUCCAUAAGUGGCACCCUGAUCCACGCAACUAGAAGCUGGGCAUCGGUAUUUUACUUCUUCGGUGUGAUGGGAUGCUUGUGGACUCUUCUCUGGACCAUUUUAUGCUACUCUGACCCUGAUUCUCACCCUUUCAUCUCAGAUAAGGAAAGGAACUACCUAGAACAGGAAUUAUCGGCUUCUCUCAAAGAAAAGAGGAAAAUACCAUGGACUGCCAUCUUCACUUCAGUACCAGUUUGGGCUUUGGUAUGUGCCCAAAUAGGUCAUGACUGGGGAUUUUUUGCUAUGGUAACAGACCUCCCAACUUACCUCAAAGAAGUCCUACGAUUCAAUGUGAAAGAAAAUGGAUUAUUAUCUUCAAUACCUUACAUUGUUAUGUGGGUGGUAUCCUUGGGAUCAGCAUAUAUUUGCGACAAACUCAUUGCCAAUAAGUGUAUGACAAUAUCAUUCGCAAGAAAAUUCUUCUCUACUAUAGGUGCUGUUGGACCUGCUGUAUUUCUACUUAUCGCUUCAUAUGUUGGUUGUGACAGAAAUAUGGCUAUAGUUAUGUUCACCUUAGGUAUGGGAUGUAUGGGCUGUUUUUACUGUGGUAUGAAGGUUAAUGUUCUCGAUCUGACUAGUCACUACGCAGGUACCAUAAUGGCGAUAGUAAAUGGUAUAGGAGCUCUAAGUGGGAUACUUGUACCAUAUUUGAUAGCAGCAAUGACAGAAAAUCAUACUCUUCUUCAAUGGAGAAACGUCUUCUGGGUGACAUUCGUCGUUUUAUUUGUAACGAAUACUGUCUUCGUAUUUUUCGGUAGUGCAGAGAUUCAGCCCUUCAAUAGUAUUUAUGAUGAAAAGAAGCAAGUUCCAGUACACAGAGGAGCAUUUAAUGGCGUCAUUAUCGAAGAAGAGGAAGAAGAAAGCACAGAAAUUCGAUGACUUCAAAUUAGAGCUGUUGAAAGAAAUGAAUUAAAGCUUGUAUUCGAAUAUCAGUUCGUAUGAAAAAGAGAGAAAAUUUUCAUGGAAUACUCAAGGAAUGAAGUUUUCAAACGAAGGCAGUGAAUGUUGCAACCACAACAACUAUUGAUUUUUUUCUAGGAAAUAUUUUAAUUAUUAUUAUAUAGAGAAAUUUAUGGUUUCGAUAAGAACUUUAUUUUCUUUCGAAAUAAAAGAAUAUUAUAUUAUUGAUAAUUGGAUCUCUAUAGCAAUAUAUUUUUAGGUGUA